AGAGAGAACGCAGCCAAGAAAAGAUAACCUAGGGCUGAAAACAUUCAUGGUUUUUCCCCGGGAAAAUAAUUUAAAAAGUUGCGAUUGGAAAUGAUUAAGUCCUUUACCAAUAAGAUAAAAACACUAGUGUUCAGUGAUAGUUCAUGCGACAGUAAUGUGACUUCAAAUCGAAAACGAAAAAGGAGUAUUAGCGAGGGGGUGGAGCCAGAUGAAGAUGAUGAUGUCAUUGUGACCUCGGUGAAGAGAGCGCGGAAAUUUGGACCCCAGACAUCAACUCUAAAUUAUCUUAACACAUUAAUUGCCAAUCCCUAUCAGAAGAUGGCAGAAUGGUUUUCAAGGAAGAAGGCCUGGUCGGAGCAUUAUUUCUUUAAGAAGGCCCCCAAUGGGGAAAAGCCUAAUGGGGAGUCAAGAACAGGGGCACCUGGUGAUCAGCCAGGUCAGGGUCAACCAGUGACCUCCAGAGUUAGUGCAACAGUUGACAAGUUCAAGACACCAGGGGAUGGAGUGAAAAUGUCAGGUUUCCAGGCAACUAAUGGGAAUGAUCAGCCAAAUCGUAAUAACCUUGUCAGGGCAUCAGAAGGGGCGCAGAUACAGGUCAAGUCUGACAUCAGAUCUAGUAGAAAAUCAACAUUUCACCACACCUCUACCAUUCAGUUGACUUCUGCCACAGCCCCCACAUCAUCUCAUUCAACACAGACCACUACCUCAGUCCAGACAGAUCACUCAGAUAUUUGGCAGAGGAUAAGAGAUUUUGACACUGUACAACCAAAACACCACAAAGACAGAUCACUGUUCACCCGUCCACCCCGACAGAAAUUUACAGCUUUAGAGUGUGUACGACUGGAUGAGAAGAAGAAAUACCAGCAGUUGUUACAGCAGUUUACCAAGCUCCCUCUAGAGAAAGCAUCCCACUCCCCAGACGGGCUGAGUGCGGCAUCGCAACUGAUGCAUUAUGGCUCCAGGACUGAAGGCAGUGUAUCAGGCAGCAACUCCUCUAUAGAACUAUUCUCCAUCCCUCGACAGCCAGAUGUACACAGACAGAAAGUAGUUCCCACACAGAAAACACGUAUUCCGACGCCGCCCCGAAGUAUAGACUAUGAACAUCAGAGAUCAGCCCGGCAGCCCGUAUCCGUGUCACCGCGGUGUUCGCUGGCUCCGGAGCAGCGGGACUUGUCUCGGUCUGGUAGCGAGGAUGUCAUUUGUUUGGAAGAUGAAGAGGAUGUAAUUUGUAUUCCGGAUGAUGAACCCAGGGUCAUCUCUCCUAUUGUCAAUGGCAGUGCUCCACAAAGUUCAAGGUCACAUUUAGAUCUCUCAAGGAGUCCAAUUACAAGACAAAGGCAGCAGCAACAGUGGAGGCGGCCCAGCAGUCCAGAUUUCCAGUCCAGUAAAUACCUGUCAGAGGAGUGGAUCGUAGAUCUGGAGCGACAGUUUUCUCGGGCUAAUAGGGAGGCUCAUAGGAAGAUCGAAGAGGCAGAAAUCAAAAAGAAAUUUUACGAAGAAAAGCAUUUAAAGAAGGACCGUUUACUGGAGAGGGAGGUGAGACAGAGACUAAGAUUGUAUGUCGCGGAGCCCGCCGUAGUCGAAGAUUUACCUGUCGAACCCGAGAAAGAAGAACAGUUCCCAGAACUUACUGAUGAGAUGCUUCAGGUUGUUAACAACGCAUUAAGAUCUCAGCCAGCUGACGAGGUACUGGUGGAGGGAUAUAAAUUACAGAUACGUCGACGUGACAUGGAGUCACUGGCAGGACUUAACUGGCUAAAUGAUGAGAUCAUUAACUUCUAUAUGAAUCAGCUGGUGGAGCGAGGGGAGGCGGACGGAAAACCCAAGGUGUACGCGUUCAACACCUUCUUCUAUCCCAAGGUCAUGAGUCAAGGUCACGACUCGGUGAGACGGUGGACAAGAAGAGUGGAUAUUUUCUCCAAGGAUUACAUCUUAAUCCCCGUACAUCUUGGCAUGCAUUGGUGUUUAGCAGUAAUUGACUUCAAAAAGAAGAUGAUCCGAUACUUCGACUCAAUGGGCGGCAAUAACGUGGCCUGUUUAAAUGCUCUCAAAGAGUACCUGUGUGCUGAGAGUCUAGAUAAAAAGAAACAGAAGUUUGAUCUGAGUGAAUGGAAGACAGAAAUAACAAAGGACAUCCCCCAGCAAAUGAAUGGGAGUGAUUGUGGAAUGUUCACCUGUAAAUUUGCCGAAUACAUCACACGAGAGGCAGACAUUAACUUCACACAGGAACACAUGCCAUACUUCCGGAAAAGGAUGGUGUAUGAGAUAGUAAAGAAGAAAUUACUGCAGUGAUGUUAUCUUCCAUGAAAUGUUUAAAGAAUUUCAAUAAGAAAUUGAGACAAUUUCUGUCUAUCACUUAAUCACUUUGUCUUAAGGAACCCUCUUGAACUGAAAUUGCAGUAAGAAAUAUAAAAAAAUGUGGAUUUUCUUAAUACAAGCAUCGAAGAAGGAAAAGAAAGUAUUGUUGAAAUUGAUUCAGGUUUCCUGUUAAAGAAUUUACAAUUCUCACCAAAUGUCUGGAGAAUUUUUUUGGAAAUAUAUUUGAAAUUCAGUAAAGAGUUUAAGACUUUGUGUGCCAACUAUAGAAGGGGCAUGAAAUCUCCUUAAAGUGACUUGAGAAAUCAUUGAAAAGGACUUAAGAGUUCCUUAAAAAUGCCUUAAAAACUCUGAAAAUGGAUCAUGUUGAGGAAAACGGUGCAUUCUUGCUUCGAUAUAUUUUCAUACAUGGCUAAAUACCACCUCAACUGUGCGAGUGUCCAUCAUGUGAAGUCCAAAAGUUUAGGAUGAGAACCAGCUCAGAAUGAGUACCAGUUCAUGAUGAGAACCAAUUCAGAAUGAGAACUAGUUUAGGAUGAGUACCAAUUCUGAACAAGUUACAGUGUUUUAUUGAUUGUUGGAAAUUUAGUCAGUUUGUGAGAAGUUAACUCCUUCGGCAAAUACUGUAACAUCAGAAACUGGAAUUAUGUGACCUAAUUAGGGAGGACAUUGAUUUAAAGAGGACAUAUGAAGGGGAACGGGGAAUGUGAACAUAAAAAUCAACAGCUGACAACAAAAGCAAUUAAUAAUCUGGUUAAAUUGGAAGUGAUGGAAGAAGUUUGUUUCUGUCAGUCAAAGAGAGACCAGUGACUAUGUACAAUAUAGUAAUGUGAGGAGAGACAGGGAUUCCCAUGUUGUAAUGUGAAGUCAAAAUGUGAAGCAUGUAAAUAUUCAAAUAAAUAUUGUGAAACA